CCUCAAAUCCUCCGAUACGUUCCAAUCCCGCCCAUCCCCAAACGUCCAACGAAACAGCGAACAGGCCGGGCGGCAUUUUUCAAAUCAAUCUUGGGCUGUAUCGGUGCCUUGGCCUUCCAAUCCGCCUCUAUCUCCCUCCUUAAAUUCCACCCCGCGCAGCCGCAGGUCACAAAUCCACAUAUCCGCACGCGUUCGAAUCGAUCGACAGAAACAACAACCACGAAUUGGAUCGACAGGAUUCCCAAUUCCCCACAUGGAGAUCGAGAGGCUGCCGGAGGAGCUCCUCAUGGAGGUGAUCUCCCGCACUUCGCCUCAGGACGCCUGCCGCGCCGCCGCCGUCUCCCAGUCCCUCCGCGCCGCCGCCGAUUCCGACGCCGUCUGGUCCCGCUUCCUGCCCCGUGACCUCCCUCGGCUCGCCGAAAACGAGAUCCCCUCCGCGCCGCUGUCCAGCAAGGGCCUCUUCCAACGCCUCGUCGCCCUGCCCGCCCUUCUCCCAGGCGAACUCGUGAGCAUGCGCCUGGACAGGGCAACCGGCGCCAAAUGCCACACGCUUUCCGCGAGAGCGCUCAACAUUUCCUGGGGAGAUACCCCGUACUACUGGCGCUGGAUCCACGUCGAUGUCGACGAUUACUGGUUCUCAGAGGCUGCUGAACUCCUGCAUGUGUGUUGGUUGGAGAUCCGUGGCAGGAUACCGAGCAAGAUGUUGUCUAAGAACACAGAGUACACGGCUCGCAUCGUGUUCAAGCUAACAGACGAUACACGUUGUCUGGAUCACCCGUUCCAGGACGCGUCGGUCAGUGUUGGAGGGAGCGAAUCAACCCGGCAUGUUUGCCUCCAGGCCCGUGCCAACGAGGAUGUAGAUGCCGUUGCAGCGGGGCGCCUCGGUAUCAAUUCUUUUUGCCACCAGCUAGUUGGAUAUCUCCUAGCACGGUUACUCCUGGGCCUGGACACGAGGAUGGCGUGCUGAUCCCUCGAAGAAGGGCCGACGGUCGGAUGGAGGUGGAGCUUGGUAGCUUCUGCCCUAGUUUUGAAAACCGGACCUGUGAUCGAACCGACGAAGCUCUCGGUUCAGGUUUAUCCGGUCGAACCGCCGGUUCACCGAUUGAACCAGUCUGGUUUUUUAUCUCUAACAAAAACAAGUUCCCUAACCAAAACAGGCCCAAUGGCUCAUAUAGAUUAAGAAAUGAUAUUCCGUCUAUGGCCAACGAACGAAGCUAGCCCAACUGGCUUCCAGGCCCAGCAAGCAGGCGAGAUAGCCCUUGGCGCAAUAUUAUUUCCUUCGGGAUUUCCCACUGAACCGGCGGCUCAACUGUUCGGAUGGGCCCGUUUGGCUAGACGGUCCACGCUUAACAGACCGGCCAGGCCUCCGGUUCCGGUUUUUUCUGGUUCAACCGGCGGACCGGUCCGGUUUUUAAAACUAGGGUUUCUAAAAUGAGAGGGUGAUGAUGGUGAGGUAUCCAUCAGCUUGAAGGAGAUCGAAGCAAGGACUGCGAAGAAUGGUUUUAUUGUGCGGGCUAUCGAGAUUACAACUAAGCAACAAGCCUGAUGUGAGCUCGUAGACCUACCUAUAUGUGUGGACCAUCCAAAUUGAAGUUAAGAGACUUUGUCAGAGCUGUUUGGAUGGGUUUUGGGAAGCAUCAUCUGCAAGCAGACAUGUGUUUUUGUUGUUUUGGGGGCAUUCGGCUUCAGAGUAGACGGAAUGAUAUAUUUCAUGGUUGUAAAUCAGAUGUUUUCCCGUAUUCCUUAAUUAGUUUUUUUUUCUUGCA